CAAGCUAGUUGAGUUUAAUGCUGGUAAGUCCAGUCGGUGCGAUGGUUCGUACACUUGUCGGUGUGUUACUGUUGAUAGCUGCUCAGUACGUGGCAGGAUGCUGUGCGCUCUCGGAGAAGAUAGAGGGAGAUCUCUCCCAUUCGGAAGAAUCGCCUCUGGACAACCGAUCUUGCGGAAACCGUUACUAUGAAAGUGAUUUCCCUGUUGACACUCGCCUGUAUGAGCAUCCCUGGCUCGUUCAGUUUGGCUACAAAAAAGGGAAUGUUGUGAGCUACGUUUUUCAAGGCCUAUUGAUACACUCAAAGUUUGUGCUGACAACGGUGUUUGUAGCUCAUUUUAAAGAUUUGGGUCAACUCACAUAUGCACGAGUUGGCGAACACAACACAUCAGCCGAAUCCGACUGCGAGAAGGAUGCCACUGGGGAAGAAGCAUGUGCCCCGUCAGUGCAAACAAUUCAUAUCGAUGAAGUCAUUAUACACCCCGAAUAUGACCUGUUUAACCAAAGAAACGAUGUUGCACUGGCUAAGUUAAGACUACCAGUCACUAUCGAUGGCACCUCGGUCGCUCCUAUUUGUUUAAACCGCGAUGCAAACUUUCAGAGUUCCUUCCUUUUAAUAGCGUCCUGGUGUGGACGGCGAGAAACUGGGUUAUCGCUAACACCGAAACAAUACUUUAUGAAAGCCAUCACUCCUCACGAGUGCCAACGUCUAAUGCCAAAUAACGCCAUCUCGCUGGCGAAUGAAAUGUUUUGCAUAGCGUUUGAUGAGAGACACACGCAAGUGACCAAACUGGAACUUGAACCAAAUUUACGAGGUGGAAGCGGUGCGCCUAUUUACACGGUGCAUGAAGGAAACAAGAUUUUUUUGAUUGGUUUACUUUCCUAUGGUCCACGGUACCCGGCUAAGAUGCACGAACCAUACGUGAUAACUUCCGUAGCGCCGUACUAUAAUUGGUUUCUAGAGAUCAUUGAAGCCGAGCUAGAAAAGCGCAUGUACAAGACGCUGGCGUAAUUUGCUUUAGUAGAGAUAAUAAAGUUAAGGGUCACGCUGAAGUUGGGUAAACCCCGAAGCAAAUGUAUUCUCAUUAUCAAUAAAUUAACUUGUUUAUUGUUGGGUUCCAUCAAGUAGAGAGA